AUGAAGUCUCACAUAACACAAGCAUUGGAAGGUGAUCCCAUUCUCUCAGGCAACAGCAGCUCGGUGGUAGAGAACAUGGAUUCUGUGGCUGUCUUCUGCAGCACCAGUGCCACCAAAAUCCCGUGGUAUGUGAAUGCUUUACAGGUGUCCAGCAAUGACAAGAUGACAAUGUCACCAGACAGCAAGACCCUCAUCAUGCACUGGGUCCACCGCCAUGACAUGACAAUCCAGUGUGGGAUAGACUCCGCCUUUGGGGUUUUUUUAAAAAAAAAUGAAGUGACCUUUCUGACUGUGGCCUAUGGACCUGACAGAGUGGCACUGAACAGUAAGCCCACCUCUGAGUUCAGAGGCAUCCUGUCUGCUGAGAUUGGCUCCCAAGUGCAGAUGGACUGUACCUCCACUUCCCAUCCCAAACCCAAGUACCGCUGGAUCCACAAUGGCUCCUUCCUGAGCUCAGGGGCAAAUCUCAGCUUCCCGAGUCUGACCUGGGGGCAGAUGGGCAGGGACAGAUGCAUCGUGGAGAACUCUAUGACCCAGCUGACCAUGUACAAGGACAUCUGGAUCCAGAGGGCCUGUGAGUGCAGCCGCUCCCGCUCUGGGGCUCACACCCUUUGA